AUGGUCGAUGAGGGCACGUCUUACAGAGCUGCAGUCACAGUUGGCAGUGGCUCAGACUCAGCUAGCAGAGUGAGAUCGAUAGCUUGUCGAGGCAGUUGCAGUUUGAACCUGCACUUGGAAAUACCUAAACGAAAGGCGAUGAGUUCGAGAUGGUCUGAGUGUGGGGCGAAAGCAAAGAUAAAGAAGAGGCUAUGGACUAUUGAGGAGGAUAUUCGUCUCCUACGCUAUAUUAAACUACAUGGGCUGCAGAGAAGCGGAAAGAGUUGCAGAUUGAGGUGGGUAAACCAUCUCCGUCCCGACUUGAAGCGCAGCAAUAUCACUUCAGAAGAAGAACGCCUUAUAUUUGACCUUCAUGCCCGCUGGGGUACCAGAUGGUCGCAGAUAGCAGAAAGGAUUCCGGGGCGAACGGACAACGAGAUUAAAAACUACUGCAGGACCCAUCUGAAAAAGAAGCUUCAAAAUUCGGCACAUUAUAAUUGUAGUCCUCAAGGUAAACAAGUAGUGCUCCCACGACAAAGCCUCGAGGUUUCCACAGGCGACGCAGUUAAAACUCCUCUUUUGUAUGAGAUUAAUUAUAAUCAUACCAUGUUCAACACGGAAACUCCAAUGGAUAAGUUUACAAUAGAAGAAGUUAUUAGAGAUAUAGAGAAAGUGCAAGUACAAGUUGAUGGAAGUAGUGAAGGAGUAGGAAGCAUUCAGAAUGAUAUGGGUACAACGGGACAUGAUGCAGUUGAACUUUCUAAAAUGGCCUACACCUUUGUUUGGGAAAUUCCACUAGAAAGUCAUGCAACACAAGUAUAUGAAGCUUCCUGCUCUGCUAAUCCUGAGUUAAUGUGUCCCACAUUUAACUAUGAAUCUGAUUCAGAGUCAGAUGUGUUGCUUUGGAACAUUUAG